AAUUGAAAACAGGAGAAUUAAGCAGAACGCGACACGCUGCUACAGCGAUCACUCGCGUCACACCAACCAGAAACUUCCAAAGAAGCGCGGGAAAUCAUCCACCGAAGACGAUGGCGGUUUUUACGCGUUGCAAAUUGGCUACGGCAUUGUUUCUUAUGGGUUUAUCUCACGCUCUGUCUGCACCCGUCGCUCAGCAAUCAGGCGACGGAGCGGGUGCCAAGUUGGAUGUACCGGUCGAGCAACUGGAGAAGUUGAAAAUGGUGGAAACCGGUAAAGAGGAACCUGAAAUUACUGAACACAUGGAGUACCACAGACUCGAUGCAGUAAAGACAAACGGCGAGCUGGUGUCGCGAUUGGAACAGCACGCGUCAGCGGAUUCGGCGCCUGGCGAGAAGCCCCAUGUACACGCGCAGGCGCAGCUAGACGUGCCCGCUGAGGGCGUGCACCGCGUGCUCGUGCAGGAUGGCGCGCACGUGAGCGUGCAAGAUGCUACCGCCGCGCCUACCGCUGCUAGUGAGGAACAAACCACUAAGGUGUUCCAUGGAGCGGCUCGUUUGGUCCAGCCAGGAUCUGCUACUAAUAAUCCUCAAAAUGGGCAUUCAGCAGCACGACGCGCCUUUAACGCCGACAUCACUAAGGAAACAAAUAAUAACAUGGACCAUUACUCUUCCUACACUGGAGUGCAGUACUCUCCUUUGGAUAUGGCGGAAUACGUAUUUUGGACAGGUGACGAGCGUGGUGUCACCGCUUCUAUCGAAGACUUCCUUCAAGAAGGAUUGAUGACAAAGGAAGAAGCAAUCGCAUUCCUGCAAGAAAUAAAGUUCAAUAUUGAUUACCUGCGCGCCCAUUACUCACAAAACUUGAAGGCGGCUGAAGAGUCUGCUCAGCAAGAGAAACUCCGAAACAUGCUUAUGGAACAAGCGAACGCUAAGGAAUACCAGUACCGAAAUCCGGUGACACUGCAGUCAUUCCCCUUCGGUAACAGUCCCGACAUCAUAAGGACUAUCGCGAACAAAAAUUGGGAGCUUAGCAACAAUCUCGCUCCUAUACCAGCACUUCCAAUCACGUCGGAGUUGCGGCCGGAUCCUGUGAAGAGGGCGUAUGAUCCAAUGUUGCAGACGAAUAUUAUAAGUACAUCAGAUUACGAUCGAGACGGCCCUAUCAUCAGUGAAGAAGAGUAUGAAGAAAUGAUGGAUAAAUUGAAAGCAGCUGAUACACUGUACACUGAGUAUACGCUCGAAGAAAUUAUUUAUCAGCUUGCUAAGAUGAUGUUCUCCCAGUCGCUAUCUCGAGACCCGGCAUCGGCUCGCGCGGCCACACAACGAUUCAUGGCUUUCCUGGAACUAGAGGCUGAGAGGGGACAACUGUCACGCACCAUUGAGAAGAAAGUACUUGACGUUAUGAUUGCUGCUCUUACCGAUACAAUUGGCGACCACCCCGAAUUGCUGCAAGCUCGUGAGGGACUUGGUGUGAAUCCCGCUAACAGACUAAUGCGCCAAUUCCUCGAAGCAAGUGCAUCAGAACCGAGCAUGUCACGAGCUAUCCUCGCUGCAUACAAAGACGAACUGCUGAAAGGGCCAAUGCACAAAAUGUCUUUCUCUGAAAGGAACUAAGCUGUAACCCAGAGGUAUCAGUUCGCACGACUAAAUGGUUUGUAGCAUUGAUAACAAAACAAGUGUCAAUUAUCUGUCAAUUUUCAAAGAUUUACAUUUUUGCUUUACUUUGUUAGCGAACUAAACAAUUAACUAUAAAUUAUGUUACAUAUUACUACCAUUAAAACCUUUGUAUAUUUUCAUUUGGAUUUUUGAAAUAAAUUUUUGCCAUCAAAAUCUAAGUUUUCGGUGACAGCUCAAUAAGAAUAUUAUUGCACGACUAAUGUUUUAGUUUAAAUAAUCAAUUUAGAAACAUUGAAAAAUGUUCAAUUGUUUUUAAAAAUUGACAGAUAAUUACGACGUAACUACACUACGUUAUGAACACUCUUAACUUUUUAUUCACGUUAUCUUUUCACGUGAGUAUUGAAGAUAAAAAUAAUACCCAACUAUUAGGGAAAUAUGUUGAUAUUAUUGACUAUAAUCAAUUAAAAAAAUAUUUUAAACAGUUUAUGCAACCUUAUUGCUUAUAACAAGUUGUUUUUCUUGUUUCUAAAGUUAAUUAAAGCUGUAAUGAGUUUGUUAGUGUUGCCAUUUACCAUGAGUUAAAAUUUAAAAUAUACGAAUUACCUAGUCGUGCGAACAAAAUAUAAACCCAACAGUCUUUAUCCCAUAACUCUGUCAGGAUUUUAUUUAUAAUUUAUACAGUAUAAUGAGAACUGAUACAAUACAGUCACAUGAAGAUAUGCAUACCCACAAAUACCAGAUUAUACUGUGACACCCAUAAUACCAAGCGUGGAUUUGAUAAAGAUCGAUGUAUCAAAGAUUAUAAUGGAAAUAACGAUUUCAAAUAAAGGAUCGAUUUUUCUUUUAUUUUUAAUAGGAUAGGGAGAGAGAAAUGCAUGUGGGAUUAGUGACUAUCCGCAUUCAUAAAAACGUAAAUCCUAGAAUAUAACUAUUUAACUAAGUGUAUUUAUCGUAUCGGUGUUAAAUCACUUUUUCGAGCUUGAAAGGAGGCGAAACACUUUUUAAUGUGGUAUUUAAUAUCUAAUAAUGUUGCCAGUGUCAAGUUUCCAUCUGUUAUAUAAACUGGCUAAAUAAUAUUAUAUGUGUUACAUAUUUGACGUUUUUAUGAAUAAAGUUUCGUUCACACAGCUCCGCGUUUAGAAUCCGUCAGUACUCGUCAGGGACGAGCAUUAAUUGCUUAAGUACUGUUUGCUUUGCACUAUUUGCAUAAUUUUAUGUAAGACGUAUUCGAAUACUCAAUAUCCCAAAACAUGCUGUAAUGUACGUGUAGUAUGUUAUCAGAUUUAAAUUGAGAACAAGUCACAAUUAACACACGAUUUAACAUGCCAUAUUUUGUCACAUUAAUCUUUAUAAAUUAUAUAACUAAAAAUUUAUGUUUAAAAUGUAUACAGAAAAUCAUAUUUACAAUAUUUAAUUGCUAAAUACUUUUGUAUUAUGAGUAAAAUAGGACAUCGUAAUGUGUGCAUCCUAAAACGCGGAAGUAGGUUUCUGUACUGAAGUCUAUUUUCCUGAUAUAUGAACACGGAUAAUGGACGGCUCGUCAGUCGACCGACAUUGAAAAAUCACCAACGGAACUGUGUGAAUAGCGCUGAGGGUAGUGCGUGUAUACCUUUUCUAUGGUAUACAAGAAUAUUAGCAAAGCAAGGGAAGUAAAGUAUGACAGAAUUUUAAUUUAGGUAUAAUAGCCUAAUUUUCAUAUUUUCUUUUUUUUUUUCAUUCUAAAAUUGCUCUCUAUUUUCCGUUUUAUAUAAAUACCCCUUAUCCAUACCUUCCCUUAUCCAUGUAGUAUAUUUUUAGAACUUCUAAGUACCCAAAAGUCAGUUACUUUAGUAUUUACUUUUUUUUCGUAACAUAUUAAAUAUUACAUUUAGUGUUACUUUUGAAUAGGUGUUAUUAAAAUAUCGUAAUAUAAAAAUGCCAUUUUAAUUUUAAGCGUGGAAUUUCUAAAUUCCUUGUAGUUAUUUAUUUUGUACGCUUUGUACCUUCUUUUUUUUAUUUUGAAUUUGAAUAUGUUUCAUCAAUAAUAAACAACCAGAUUCAAUCUAGGUAGAUAAGCAAGAAGAAACUUCUUAUUACCUAAUUUCCGAAGAAAGAAUGAAUAGUAAUGUUUUAGAUGUAUAAAAAUGUAUGUAUGUAUGUAUGUUUGGAUCUUUUGGUCAAUGCCUAGUUUUACUGACUAUUAUAAAUAGGAUAUCGUUAGAUUUGUCGAUUGAAAGUGUGUUAUAGGUUACACGACCCUUAUAAAAUACCUGUCGUAAAAUAACAAAAUUUCGACUUUUACUUGAACCGACCGAGAAUGGAACCCAAGUUUUAUCCGGACAAAGUCGUGGGUAAAAGCUAUAAGUAAUAAUAAAUUUAUCAGGUUUAUUAAAUCGGAUUACUUAUCUUCAUUUCUGGAAGGUUCUAUUGAUGAUGAAAUAUGCUCAAACACUUACAGUACCCAAACGUGUAAUCGUGUAGUACUUGGUAUAUCGAUUAAUAUUCAUUUGCAUGUUUUAUGAUUUUGUAAAUAGCUUCUAAACAAAUAUAUAAACAUUGUGUACGCCCUAAAAGACUUAUUGCAAAUGCAGCUAAUAUAAGAGUUUAUAAUUAUUACUUAUAUAAAUUUAACUUAGAUUAUUAUGUGGAAAGUAGCUUUGCAUGUAAACAAUACAGUGUUACCACGAAUAUAAUUCUUCUAUCUUUUUUAAUUACAUUUAAAAUAAUAUAGUAAAGCAGAAGGACUUGUUUGUAUGAACGCAUUAAACUCUAGAACUAUCAGUCUGUUUUUUUUUGCUUGAUUAUAUUAUUGAUUAUUAAGGAAUGUUAUAGGCUAUUUAACAUUACGACUACAGGGGAAGUCGCAGGAUAAAGCUAGGAAUAUUUAUAUACACAGAUAUGAAUAAUGUAUUUUAAUUGCGGUUCUAUAAACUAUAUUAUUUUAUGUUAUUUUAAAUUUCCUUUUCUUGUACGGAUAUAUCAUGCUUUGUUCUCCUAGUUGCUUUUACGACAUUAUAGUUAUAAAAAAUUAAAGAACUUUGUCGUAUUUUUGUUAUGUUACCACAUAGAAAAAUUAAAUAUAUAAAUUUAAAACACACAAUAAAAUAAUAAUUUUAGAGACCCAAUUACCUAUAUAUCAAAAUAUUAAAGAUAUUGUCCGUUUAUAAGUUUUAUGUGAAAGGAAAAAAACUAUGACUUCAUAAAUUAAUUAAAAUUAGUACAGAAAUAAAAAUCCUUCACGAAGCAGAGAGGUAUAAUAGAGUGCAAAUUUAAUAAUUUAUCUUUUUUUUUAUGUCAAUAUUUUAAAUAAUGUCGAAAAUAAAAAAAAAUCUCAACUGCUCCUAAAAUUAUUUCCGUGGUAGAACUGUAUUCACGUUUAGAUUUUCUGUUCCAAACGUAGAUGAAUUGUGUUAAUCAGUAAGUAAUUAGUAUAGAAUAUAUUAUAUAGAAUAUAAUUAUAAAUUAAUAGCUAGUCAAAUAUUUCUCAAUAUUUUUCUACCACAAAAAAAAAAGAA